AUGGCAAGAAAACCUGCCAACAUCCUCCUGUUACUAGUUCUUUUGAUAAGCAAAGCUUCAGGAUUUCAUGAAGAUAUUGGGAUUGAGGAGUUUGAGGUCGGAGAGGGAAUAACUGAAUACCGGCCUUUGAUGCAACCGGGAACUGUUGAUGAUCGUCCUAUGGGGAAACUCAGUGCGUUUCAAGUGUGUUUGGAGUGCAAAUGCUGCAUGAAUGUCUCCGAUCCAACAACAUGCUCAAACAUGCCAUGUUGCUUUGGAAUUGAUUGCCAACUUCCCAACAAGCCUUUUGGUGUUUGCGGUUUUGUUCCCAGGACCUGUAAUUGUACAUCGUGUGGUUCUCCGUAG